AUGAAAUGCUCACCAGGUCUCAUAUGGAAUCAACAAAUACUUCAAUGUGAUUGGAUAGGAGACGAACAGAUUAUUAAUUCAACAACAACAAUCCAUGAUUGUCCAGAGAAUGAAGUCUCGUAUGACAAUCAUUGUUAUUAUUUAGAUGGUUCAGGUGGUAAGUGUUCAUACGGUUAUAGUCGUGCAUCAGAAUCAAUUCUAAUUCAAAUAUCGAAAUUAUUUAUUGGUAAAAAUUAUAAAACAGCUAUAUCAGAUAAUUGCUGUAUCUGGACAACUGAUCUAUAUCAAAAUUAUUAUAUAUCAGCUCAUUGUAAUAAACACGGACCGUUCACAAAAGGACCAGAAAAUCUUAAUGGUUGUAUUAAUCAAACAAAUCAAUAUCCAAGACAAAUGACAUUUUGUGGUAGUCACUAG